GAAUCUUCAUAAUAUUUAUAAAUUUUUGAUACAAGUAUAAAAAAGUGUGAUAAAAUGUGAUAGUAAGUGUAUUAUUUAUAUAUAUUUAUGAUGAAUUUUGUUUCCUGUUAAUUUUUACAAUUUUUAAUUAUGAUUUAUUAAGCCUUCAGAUGAACAAAAAUGAGUGACCGUGACGAGUUUGUUGAAGGGGGCGGAGCAGUGACUAAUUUAACCACGCCCCCGGAACCAGAGGUUCUUCUACGGUCACGGCAUUCAGUGCCUGCGGUCAGCCUUCAGUCAAGUGACUCUCACAGAGAAUCUUCGUCUGGAGCUGGAAAUCUGACGGAUAGGAAAAAAAUUGAAGAAAGCUUGAUCCAACAUUUAUCCAUGGAUCUUCUCUCAUGUGAUGUUAAACUAAGUUUAUUCUCCGGAGCUGCUAAAUCCUUCAGACAUGAUUCCGUCCUUUCUCCUUUCCCUCCUGCCUUUUUAGAUGACACUGGUUCUAAGGAUAUUAAAGGUGUUCAUGAUGCUCUUCUCGCCAUUCCGCCACUUAAUCGCCUUCAACGACAGCUAGAGCAAAACAGCUGUCAGCUGUCUGAUCAACAGCUGAACCUCCUUUCCUGGGUAUUCAACGGGGGACAGUCACAGCUGUCGCUCCGAACCAUGACCAAAGUUGAGGGAAUAGAGACCUUGAGACGGGUUGGAGUUAAACCAGGAGCUCAGAUAUCUCUCCCAACACAUGCAUUUGAAGUUAGAACAAUCAGCACUGACAGUUGGAUGUCUAAUACAACAGAAGAAAACAGUUUCUAUGGAUUUCACGGGAGUAGGUUGGAUAACUGGUUUAGUAUUCUACACAAUGGACUUCAGCAGCAUAGAGCUAAAACCUCGUUGUUUGGUGAGGGUAUCUACCUGUCCAGUGAGCUGGGGGUCAGCCUGAACUUUAUAUCCCGGGGGAUAGGUUGGGACGGUAGUAUGCUUGGUUCAUCUUUAUCCUGCCUAGCUGUGGCCAGGAUUAAAAACCAUCCUAGUGUUAAGAUUCACUGUGCUGAUGCAACGAGGGGUCGGGUUGAGGGUAGUGAGGGAGGAAAUAUACCUGAAAACUAUAUUCUAGUCAGGGAUAACCAGCUUAUUCAUAUCAGAUACCUGUUCGUGUACGGAAACGAGACUGGAUUAGCCGUACAAAGCGUGCUGUACAGAAACAGGUUUUCCAACUGGAUUUACAACAACCGACUUCUUGUCCUUCUUCUGGGCUACGGAGGUCUUCUUCUCCUGGUUGGGAUGUCCAGCUCUCCCUGGUUCAGGAGGCUUCUCAGGAAACUUGGAAUGCUCCAGUAGUUUUGUUGAACACAGCGUUGGAACUCUCCAGUAGUCCUGUAGAACACACUGGGUUCAGGAGUUGUCUCAGGAAACUCGGAAUUCUUCAGUAGUUAUGUGGCACACAGCGUGGAACUCACCAGUAGUUCUGUAGAACACACUUGGUUCAGGAGGUUUCUCAGGAAACUCGGAAUUCUCCAGUAGUUCUGUAGAACACACUGGGCUCAGGAGGUGUCGCAGAAAGCUUAAGACUCUUCUGUUGUACGCACUGUUUAUCCAAAAAAGAAUCGGCAUUUAAACUGGUCAAUUAAAUUAAUCGAAUACCAACAUUUGAUUUUACAAUUUGCAAUUGCAACAUAUGUGUGAUAUCAUAUUGCGCCUUCUUCUUAUUAUAAAAUGUAUUUGCGUUAAGUUGUCAGAUAAACAAAGUGGCGUGAUUUGCCUGAGAAUUAAAUUUUGCCCCUCGACAUUUUUUUCUGUAAUUUGCACAAAGUUUUAUAUAAUUUAAUGUAAAUAUUUUUAUUCUAUUUAUACAGUAUUCAUUGUUGCAAAGUGUAUUUAGUUAUUUUCCACCAUUUGUUGUUUCACAUUGACUAGACAUUAUCAAGUACACCAGUGUUAAAUAUAGAUUUUAUUUAGAUA